CAGACAGACAACCUUUAUAAAGCUCAGUAGCUUAUGGGUUUGCGCAAACAUAACAAAAUAAACGUUAAAUUAAACCAGGGGGCUCCUGAUUAAACUUCGUACAAAGUAGAUACAUGAUAGAUACAGUUCAUCUAAAAUUCCUCCAAAAGCUCCUCUGUGUGUUUUAAGGGUGAUCUACACUACCAAUCUAUCCUUGACCAUACGUUGAAAGCUCGAACCCUAGAUUUUUUUUUAUUUUUUUUUGAAUGAUUCAGUUAAUAUCUUUUUAGAAUCGGUUAUUCACAUUCGCAGAGUUCGAUCUCUUUUAAACACUCCCAUUUGGGAGCAGGGAUAGCGAAGUGGCGAGAACGCUCGCCCCCGACCAAUGUAGCCUAGUUUCGCCUUACUUCAAGGUCUCCUGUUUCCUCCCUCCACAGAACCAACAUCUCCAAAUUCCAAUUCGACCAGCAUGAAAACCAGCUAAGGUUGAUGCGGCCUCCUCUCUAAAAAUUGUAAUUUACUUAUUUUAUUUAUUUAAUAAUAACGUACAGUAAGCGCUUUCGAAUUUCGGACGUUUUCCCCUGCAAAGUAGUCAAGACUUCUUUCUGCCAUCUGGUUCAUGAGUGGAAGUAACAUUGUACGUUUUUGCACAUGUUGGGGUGAGGUUCGCCUGAAAAGUGCAGCGCUCCAUCAAGGUUCAUUAAAUCCUUUUUCUAUUAUUAUUAUUAUCGAAAGUAGUCUGGAAAUUUAAUGUUCUUAUUUCAAAAAAUUGUUCUUGACAAUGCCCGACCCCCGCGGCAGACUUGUUUUAGCAAAUACCCUCCACCGGCAGGGAAAGUUUUUGAAAUGCCCGACAAAUGCCCGUGCAGGGGAUGGGUGGGUGUAAAAUUGACAGAGCCAUAGAUAACUGGUCAGCUUUCAACCAGUUGGGAUUUUUAGGUUCUUUUUUAAGUUUUCAGUUUCAUUUACAAUAUUUGUUUCUCGCGAUUGAUGGUGUCUCCAUUAGCAUAGCAGAGCUAAAAAUAACGUGGUUUGCUUUUUGUACCCGAGAGUACCUGUCUCAGGAAUGCGAAAUGUUUAACGCACCAAAGACCCUGGGGACAACCAUUGUUUCAGAGUCACUUGCAUCAAAACCAGCUCGGGAAUCUCCGUGCAGAAAAAUUCUGCGUACAAAUUCUGCAGACACCGUCUGCACAGAUAUCUCGUAAUCCAAGAUGCGAAUCGUAAACUUGGCUGAAGAGUUUCACCUCGUCGAAGAAAUAUUCCUGAACGUUGAUUUUUCUGGCGAUGGACACUGGAUCGGAGAAUUCCUUCAGCAAAGGCAUUCAUUGAAAAAUCGAAUGAAAACAGUCCUUGUAACUUUGCAGGAGGUGUCUGUAUUUGAUAUCGUUCUUGUUGAACACUUUGCCAGCGGAAACUAUGGAUUCGUGAAGUUAUUAACCUUCAAUGAUCGAUAUCCAGAAGACAACGAAUGCAGGCUGCAGUUAAGCUUAAUAAAUGAGGCCAUUUCUGUUGUAAACAAGUAUGCUCAGCAGUGCGGUCAUCAUAACUGUGAUGAAAUUUUUAGUAUGGUCAGCAAAAAGCAUAAUUCCACAAUAGCCAGUAAACAAAGAUGGUCUGAACAGUGCAAGUGUCUGUAUGCGGCAGGAUUUCGUCUUAUAGAAACUGAUAACAAUACAUCAAAUAUUUCGACUGAAAGUUGCGUACUUGUUUACAAGCCCAAUUUAUUGCCCAACUUCCAAGUAGAAGAUGGUGUUGUAGGAGGUCAUAUAGAUACAUCCUCUGUACUGAACUUUUGUGAGGAUCUCAUCAAUUCUAUGGAUUUCUCUGGUGAUGGAAAACAAACUGCAGAGCAGAUACAAGACCUCAUGAACAUUUUUAGAAAGAAUUCUAGGCUGAUGUUAAAUACAGUAAAACCCUCUCUCCCUUGGAGUGGAAAGGCAGGACCUUGCCCUGAUAAUCAAAUAGCUGUUGUCGGUGGAGGACUGGCUGGUCUUGCUGCAGCCACCUCCCUAUCCAAGGCUGGGUUUGAUGUUGUUCUUUUGGAGGCUGCCAACUAUCUAGGUGGCAGAGUGAAGCAGGUUCAACCAUUUAAAGGAUUUCCACCAGUUGAUCUUGGAGGAGAGUUUAUUCAUGGAUCAAACACUGUGGUUAACAAGAUUGCCCAUGAUAAUGGCUGGGUUGUUCUACCAGUAAGUCAGUUUUAUCUAUUAAACAAUUAGAUUAUGAGCUCGGGAUUUCUAUCACGCGAUAGUUGACGAGGGUGCACAAUCAGAGAACACCAUUCAUGAUAGAACGCAAGUAGAUUUAUACUAACAAUAUUUAUUAUAGUUACCCACCAUACUGUUUCACCUUGAAAUAGUCAUUGAUCAAAUUUUGACAUCUUUUGACAACUUCUUGACCACUUUUUGCUGGCUUUUAUUUGAAUCGGCCCAUUAAAACAUGGGAAAUGUUGAGGGCAGAGAUAUUAAAUUGACAGAUCCACCAUUCAUUCUUGUGGGAAUUUCAAAUGUCUGAAUCUGCAAACAUUUGAACUGGCGGCAAGUUGUUGCAGUUUGAUUGGCCAUUUCAAAUGAAAGCCAGCAGAAGUUGUCAUAAAGAUGUCAAAAAGUCGUCAAAAUUUAUUGAAAUAACUUUCCUGUGUAGCAACAGUUAGGCAAAUAACAGAUAGCACUGUAAUUAAAUGAUAACAAAUUGAAAUACAUAUUGAUAACUUUCAUUACUUCACAAAAGUAGGAUGGGGUGAAUUUGAAGAUUGCA